AUGGCUAAAGACGAAGAAAAGCCUUUGCUCGAUGCCUCUGGCGCUGAACCAAAGGGAGAUGAUUCUACCGCUACCGCCAUUCUUCGUCGCAAGAAGAAGGAAAAUCAAUUGAUUGUCGAUGAUGCUGUUAACGAUGAUAACUCUGUUAUUACCAUUUCUUCCAACACUAUGGAAAGAUUGAACUUGUUCCGUGGUGAUACCGUCCUUGUAAAGGGUAAAAAGAGAAAAGAUACUGUUCUUAUUGUUUUGUCUGAUGACGACAUGGAAGAUGGUGUGGCUCGUGUUAACCGUGUUGUCAGAAAUAACUUGAGAAUCAGAUUGGGGGACAUUGUUUCAGUAUUGCCAUGUCCUGAUAUCAAGUAUGCCACUAGAAUUUCGGUAUUGCCAAUUGCUGACACCGUCGAAGGGUUAACUGGCUCUUUAUUUGAUGUCUUUUUGAAACCAUAUUUCGUGGAAGCUUAUAGACCAGUCCGUAAAAAUGAUCAUUUUAUUGUUCGCGGUUCUAUGCGUCAAGUGGAAUUCAAAGUGGUGGAAGUCGAACCAAGUGACUAUGCCAUCGUUGCGCAAGAUACAAUCAUUCACUGUGAAGGUGAACCAAUCAACCGUGAAGAUGAGGAAAAUAAUAUCAGCGAGGUUGGUUACGAUGAUAUUGGUGGUUGUAGAAAACAAAUGGCCCAAAUUAGAGAAUUGGUUGAAUUGCCAUUGAGACACCCUCAACUAUUUAAGGCCAUCGGUAUUAAACCACCAAAGGGUAUCCUUAUGUAUGGUCCUCCAGGUACCGGUAAAACCUUGAUGGCCCGUGCAGUCGCCAACGAAACUGGUGCAUUUUUCUUUUUGAUUAACGGUCCAGAAAUCAUGUCUAAAAUGGCUGGUGAAUCAGAAUCUAAUCUUAGAAGUGCGUUCGAAGAAGCGGAAAAGAAUGCUCCAUCUAUUAUCUUUAUUGAUGAAAUUGAUUCCAUUGCUCCAAAGAGAGACAAGACCAAUGGUGAAGUUGAGCGCCGUGUAGUUUCCCAAUUGUUGACUUUGAUGGACGGUAUGAAGGCCAGAUCAAAUAUUGUUGUCAUUGCUGCCACUAAUAGACCAAAUUCCAUCGACCCAGCUCUUAGAAGAUUCGGUAGAUUUGAUAGAGAAGUUGAUAUUGGUAUUCCUGAUGCUACUGGCCGUUUGGAAGUUUUGAGAAUUCACACCAAGAACAUGAAAUUGGCUGAUGAUGUCGAUUUGGAAACCAUUGCUGCUGAAACCCAUGGUUACGUUGGUGCUGAUAUCGCCUCUUUGUGUUCUGAGGCCGCCAUGCAACAAAUCAGAGAAAAGAUGGAUCUUAUUGACUUGGAUGAAGAAACUAUUGAUGCCGAAGUUUUGGAUUCUUUGGGUGUUACCAUGGACAACUUUAGAUUUGCUCUUGGUAACUCUAACCCAUCUGCCUUGAGAGAAACCGUCGUUGAAUCUGUUAAUGUUACUUGGGAUGACAUUGGUGGUUUGGAUAAGAUUAAAGAAGAAUUGAAGGAAACUGUCGAAUAUCCUGUGUUGCACCCAGAUCAAUAUACCAAGUUUGGUCUUUCGCCAUCCAAGGGGGUUCUUUUCUUCGGGCCUCCAGGUACUGGUAAGACCUUGUUGGCUAAGGCGGUUGCCACCGAAGUGUCUGCUAACUUCAUUUCCGUUAAAGGUCCAGAGUUGUUAUCCAUGUGGUUUGGUGAAUCUGAAUCUAACAUUAGAGAUAUUUUUGACAAGGCUCGUGCUGCUGCACCAACUGUGGUGUUUUUGGAUGAGUUGGACUCCAUUGCUAAGGCUCGUGGUGGUUCGGUUGGUGAUGCUGGUGGUGCCACCGAUCGUGUUGUCAAUCAAUUAUUAACAGAAAUGGAUGGUAUGAAUGCCAAAAAGAAUGUUUUUGUCAUUGGGGCCACCAACAGACCAGAUCAAAUUGACCCAGCUUUGUUGCGUCCAGGUAGAUUGGAUCAAUUGAUUUAUGUGCCAUUGCCAGACGAACAAGCCAGAUUAUCGAUUUUGAAAGCCCAAUUGCGUAAUACUCCUUUGGAACCAGGCUUGAAAUUGGAAAAGAUUGCCAAGAUCACCCAUGGCUUCUCUGGUGCUGAUUUGAGUUAUAUUGUUCAAAGAUCUGCGAAAUUUGCCAUUAAGGAUUCGAUUGAAGCCAACAUUGAACGUUCCAAGGCCAAGGCCAAGGCUGAGGCAGAAGCUGAAGAUGAUGUGAAGAUGGAAGGUGCUGCCACUGAAGAAGAAGAAGAAGAAGAUCCAGUUCCAUACAUUACACAUGCCCAUUUCGAAGAAGCUAUGAAGACUGCGAAGAGAUCUGUUAGUGACGCUGAAUUGAGACGUUAUGAAGCUUAUGCUCAACAAUUGCAAGCUAGUAGAGGUCAAUUCAGCAACUUUAGUAUGGAUGAAGGACAGGCUCUUGGAGCAUCUGGUGCUGCAACAGGGUCUGCUAGUGGUGCUGCUGCUCAUGCUGCUGCUGAGGAAGAUGACGAUGAUCUUUAUAGUUGA